AUGAAGGAUGUUAAAAUGAAAGAUGUUCUGUUUCAGGUGAAAGUCAGUAAGAGCCAUGCUGAUUGCUCUUGUAAGAAGUUUCUUCUGUGCGGCAUUUUAUGUAGGCACGCAUUCUGUGCACUUAAUCACUUUGAAGUGGUGAAGAUACCUAGGCGGCUUGUUCUUAAUCGCUGGAUGAAGAAUGCUGAAAAUAAGGUUUCGUUGAAAAUGUUUGGUGUAUCUGAUGAUCAGGAAAGCAUGGGAGCCAUCUCAAAAGAAUUGACAAAUUUGUGGUUUAAUUUUCAUAAAUGUGUGACUAAAGCAGGAAAUGAUCUUGAUAAACUUAAGCAGGUUAAUAAGUCAAUUCAAGACUUAAAUUCUGAACUUGGUGAUGCGAGUGGUGGAUUUACAAAGCAAGAUUUCAUGGCGAACUUGAUAGGCAAAAGGCCUACUGGAGACAUUAGUAUCCAGCCUCCAUUGCAAUGUAAAAACAAAGGAUCCGGUUUAAAAAGGAUUGUUGGUGAAAGGGAGAAAGCAAUAAAUCAAGCCAAGAAAAAGGCCAGGAAAUGCAAAUUAUGUUCCUCAACCUUCCAUGACCAAAGGACAUGCCCUACCAAGAAGAAAGUUGCAGAAAGUUGA